AUGACUGCGAAGAGGAACAUUUUCCAAGUGACGUCUGAAGAUGUAAUAUUCCUUACCUCUCCCUACACCUUUGAUCCUUUCAUUGUUCAGAUGUUCACAGUAUUUGCAGCUAGAGCCAGACUUGUAAUUGUGCCAGACAAUUUAUUUCUAUAUCUUAAACAGCCCACUCCAUCCUUGAUGUAUCACAUUGGUCAAGAACUAAUUCAGUCAAAGAUUCUCAGUAAAGAUUCAUCUCUGAGAGUGCUGGCAUUUGGUGGGGAAACCUGCCCCACCCUCUCCACCCUCGGGAAAUGGAGGUCUCUUCAGAGUAAAACCUCAAUCUACAAUCUUUAUGGCAUCACAGAGGUUUCCUGCUGGGCAUCUUGUCAUAAAAUUACUGAUUGCAAAUUGGAGAAUGGAAGUGGUGAUCUUUGUGAAAAUGUAACAUUUCGACACAGAGAUCUGGAGAACUACUCAGCCAAGGAAGUUAAUGAUUAUUACAACAGUAAGGCAGCAAAAAAGAUCCAGGCCCUAGAAGAAAAUAAGGAUUCUAACAUAACUGCACUGUCAGAUGUAACUGAAUUGAAAACCUGUUUUUGUUCUAUGCAGAGACAAAACCAGUUUAAUGUUUGUAACAUUUGUAAACACUCAACACCAAGCACAGAUGGGGUUGUGGCAAGCAAGGCACAAACAUUUUCUGCCAGUCAAGCCAGUGUCUCAGCCAGUGCUGUAUCUCGUGAGGUAGCAGGGUCACCAUUAAUAACAAAGGUCCCUGACCAGUUCUUCUCUUCUGUCCAAGAUCAUAAAGGUUCCAUGGCUGUCAACCCAGAUAGAGGAAAUUUUAACACUGCAGAAGGGAGAGUUUCCGUUUCUUGUCAGUGGCGAACUUGUCUUUACAAAUGUAUUGAUGCCUCACCUCUUGUGGUGCAUGCACCAGGGAGGUCUGAGGGGGAAGUUUUCAUUGGUUCCCACAGUCAUGUGUUCAUGUGCAUCAGACUGAGUGAUGGCAAAGUACUGUGGGAGAGUAGACUGGGGGACAGAAUAGAAUCCUCUGCAGCUCUUUCACUUUGUGGUAGAUAUGUCAUAGUGGGCUGUUAUGAUGGCCAAGUGUAUGUACUCAACCGCUUCAUCGGUGGAAUAAUUUGGACAUUCCAAACAGGUGCAGCUGUGAAAAGUUCUCCCUGCAUUGACCCACAGACUGGAUUGGCCUGGGUGGGGUCACAUGACCACCAUUGGUAUGUCCUUGAUGUUACAAACAGGCAGUACAUUGCUGCAAUACAUUGUGGUGGAGGAUCUUGUUUCAGUUCUCCAUGUAUUAGUAAGAAACCACACUUAGUAUUCAUUGCUACACUGACUGGCUGUCUUCUUGCCAUUGACGCUACCGAACAUACAGUACUUUGGAGUCAGCAGUGUCCUAAGCCGGUGUUUGCAUCACCAUUAUUG